UCUUCUUCAUCUUCUUCUCUCCUUCCAACAAUUUACAGUCGCUUCAAACUUCUGUUUAAUGCUGCCGGGUUCCCUCCUUCCUCCGAAUUAUUCGCAAUUCUCAGCCUCAAACUCUCUCAAACAAUCUCCACCUCCAUUUUUACUCUGCCUUUCACUCUCACCUUCCUCCUCCUUGCUAAGGCAUCAAUUAUCCAAGCUCUCAAUCAGCAAAAAUCUUCUUCGCCGCCUCCUUUUUUAUCCAUCGUCUCGAUUCAUCCCUCUCUUUUUGCCACCUAUUUAUUCAACUCUUUUUUACUUCUCUCUGCUAAUGCAUCGGCCUUCUCUCUCCUCUUCUUUGCAUUCAAUCUUUUUGAAGGAUUUGGGUUUUCAUCCCCCAACUGUAUUCUAUUCCUGUCUGCUGCAGGAGCAGUCGUUUACUCCAUAAUUCUUGCCAAUUCCCUUGUAAUCUGCAACUUAGCCCUGGUUUUAUCGGGGAUGGAGAGAUCAGGUGGAUUCUUGGCACUUCUCAAGGCUUGUGUUCUUAUAAGGGGAAGAACUUCUACCGCACUUUCUUUAGCAUUGCCCAUCAAUUUAGCUAUGGCUGGUAUCGAAGCUCUGUUUCAGUACAGGGUUGUUAGACCUUAUUUUCUCAACGAUCGAUUGAAGUCAUCGAUCGCUUUGGAGGGGAUGUUAAUUUCUUACUUGUAUGCGUUAUUUGUUGUGCUUGAUACCAUUGUUACCUGCAAGUUCAUCAAAAGCUGUAAAACAGUGUAUUCAGUUGAUCAGGAAGAUGGGUAUCAUUACAGGAUUAAAAUUACAGAGGAAAGCAGGGGAAGUUGCAUGAUGUUGAAGAAUUGUGAAGAAAUUCCAUGAAGGAAAAUUCUCUGGAUGUAGCAAAAUCAGGAGGGUCAAAAACAUUUUUUCUUCGUUCUCCAAGAAAGAAAGCUUCUGCCUUGUGAAUUCAUUUGAACAAAUUUGUUGUCUUUCAAUAUUAAAUUUAUGUUGCUUGAAGGGGGGAAAAUCGGGCAACUUUUGAGGACAUAAAAGAACAAAAUGAAGUAGGAGGUAAAUUCAAGAAGCCAGCAAGAGAAAAUUCAUAAGAUUGUGGCCAAAUUUUCUGUCUCAUACAGAGUUAUUUUCAAUUAUACAAAGCUUUUAUUUACAGCCUGUAAAAAAAUACAGUGACAUAUGUAAAGCAAGAUGAGUGACAUGCUAAGGUUACAUGUUAUGUAAUGAAUAUUUGGAAAUAUUAAAGCAGAUUGUUCUUCAUACAACA